AUGGGAGACUCAUCGGCUCUCACGUGUUCUGUCAAGGAAGCCAACUUCAGUGGUGUCAGCCCCCUACGCGAAGGGCACGACAAGGAUAAUUUUGCUUACUCGGCUGGGCCAGCGCUUCUUAGUGGCGCGUUGCAGGCAAUCCUCUUCAACCCAAUUGACCGCGCCCUCUAUGUGCGGGUUAAGUUUCGGCGUCGCCGCUUUCUCGAUAGGCAGAAUUUUGAGCACCCUUUCCAAGGGAUCGUGAACGCUGUCGUCUACCGCACACUCGUGGGGGCAUCCUACAUAUUCUGGCAGGACAGCAUGCGGAUCGCAAUUGAGCGCUCUGCUCCGGCUGUGUGUCUGCCAGAGACGUCUCCACAGCUGAAUUCGAUGUUGAUUGGACUCUCCGCCGGCUCCAUUAACGGCUUCACCCUCAACGCGCUACAGGCAGUGAAGUUCCGAAUGUGGAACACAAACGAGCGUGGCGUCUCCUUCCUGAGGACUGCUACCUACAUGUAUAGGGAAGGCGGUGUUUUUAUUUUUUUCCGCGGCUGUUUUACGACGAUGGUGCGGGACAGCAUCUUUGGUGUCGUCUACGAGACAGCGCGGCGGGCCUCUGCAUGGAAGCACUUUUUUGAUCCCCAAGUAGGCGUCUUGCGCUUUCCUUUUAGCACACCGUCGCCACAGCUGCCGGCAGGAGCGAUCGCGUGUGUUGCGAGCGCCUCUAGCAUCCCUAGAGGAGACAUUAGCGCUUCGGCACCGGCAUCUCCGUUAGACCAUCGGAAAGCGAAUGAGGCGAUGAGCGUUCGACGCGAUGCGAUGGCGCCGGACUUCGCACAAAAGUGUGGCAUAUGCGACUUCAUCUCAAACUUGGUUGCGGCAGUUCUCGCCUCUAUUCUGAGUUCACCUUUUAACUAUGUCCGCUCCAUCGUGUACGGUACCCCAGCUGGUGCCAUCCCACUCGGCUACAUUUCGCUGCUCAAGUCGUUCUACACGCAGCUCUUUUACACGUACCGACACGGAAAGAGCUACACAGAUCGGCACGGGGUGCCGGAGCUGGGCGAGACGGAGCACCCGUGCUCAGCACCCGCUUCCUCCAGCACUACGACUACGGCGGCAGAGCGCCGUUGGCGGCAUGGUGGCAGUGUCGGGAUCGGUGCUGAGGUGGAGGAGAGCGUGCAGCAAACCGCGCGCCGAUCGAACUCGUUGGGGUCGCGCCUUGCCGCACAGAUGCGCACAUGGGUGGUGUUGCAUCACCAUCACCCGAAAGCAGCCUGGAUGUGGGCGAACAGUCGACUCAACAUUGGCUGGGGAUCUCUUCGCGUCGGGGUUGGCAUGGCGAUGGGACAGAGCCUCUUUUAUCUUGCCCAAGAGUAUGCCCGCAGCGACCCACAUUAA